CACCCGUUGAUAGGAUGGAGUUGGUUUGAUCCUCUUGACGCAAAGUAUUCUUCCGCGUUCAGCGCAAGGAACCUUAUUUUCAGUGUGAGUGUGACAAAGAGGGAAGGAGAAGAGUGUCAACAUGUCAGACAUUGUCCCUGAGACAAGCUCUUACACCGAGCCCGCGGUGGAUGAAGAGGAGCCUCUUGUCAGCAACCUGGACCUCUUCCUCUUCUCGCUGAUUGUCGGCCUUGUCGUUUAUUGGUUCAUGUCCCGCAAGAAGCCUGAGCCCAUCCCUGAAUUCAAGAAGCUCGACACACUAGCACCCACCACAAGAGAGACCAGUUUCAUCGAGAAAAUGAAGAAAACAGGCAAGAACAUCAUUGUGUUCUACGGCUCCCAGACGGGCACAGGAGAGGAAUUUUCUAACAGACUGUCCAAAGACGCUCAGCGCUACGGCAUGAAAGGAAUGGCUGCUGAUCCAGAGGAGUAUGAAAUGGGGGAGCUAGCCCGUUUGUCUGAGAUUAAAAACUCCCUCGCCAUAUUUUGCAUGGCCACCUAUGGUGAAGGAGACCCAACAGACAACGCCCAGGACUUCUAUGACUGGCUACAGGAAAAUGAUGAUGAAGACCUCUCUGGACUAAACUACACUGUAUUUGCUUUGGGAAACAAGACUUAUGAACACUACAAUGCAAUGGGAAAAUACGUUGACAAAAGGCUGGAAGAACUUGGGGCCAAGCGCAUCUUUGACCUUGGUUUAGGAGAUGACGAUGGCAAUCUGGAAGAGGACUUUGUUUCGUGGAGAGAGCAGUUCUGGCCGGCUGUCUGUGAGCACUUUGGAGUUGAAGCCUCAGGAGAUGAAUCAAGCAUACGGCAGUACGAGCUAAAGGAGCACACCGACCUCAACAUGAACAAAGUGUACACAGGAGAGAUUGGCCGCCUGAAGAGUUUUGAGGUCCAAAAGCCGCCCUUUGAUUCGAAAAACCCUUUCUUGGCCCCAGUUACUGUCAACCGCAGACUCAACAAAGCCGGUAAUAGACAUCUUAUGCACCUGGAACUAGACAUAACAGGCUCCAAGAUCAGAUAUGAGUCAGGAGACCACGUUGCUGUUUUCCCCACAAAUGACUCUGCGUUGGUGAACAAGCUGGGAGAAAUCCUUGGAGUGGACCUUGAUGUGGUUAUCUCUCUCAACAACCUUGAUGAGGAGUCCAACAAGAAGCACCCAUUCCCCUGCCCCACCACCUACCGCACUGCCCUCACUCACUACCUGGACAUCACACACCCUCCUCGCACCAAUGUCCUCUAUGAGCUGGCACAGUACGCCUCUGACCCCAAAGACCAGGAGAACAUGCGCAAGAUGGCCUCUUCCUCACCUGAGGGCAAGGCACUCUACCAGAGUUGGGUGUUAGGUGCCAGUAGAAACAUCCUUGCUAUCCUGGAAGAUAUGCCUUCUUUGAGGCCUCCUGUUGACCACCUGUGUGAGCUGCUGCCUCGUCUCCAGGCUCGCUAUUAUUCCAUCGCCUCCUCCUCAAAGGUUCACCCCAACAGCAUCCACAUCUGUGCCGUAGUGGUGGAGUACGAGACUGCGACAGGCCGCAUCAACAAGGGAGUUGCGACCAACUGGCUUAAGAACAAACUGGUCACCGACAAUGGCCAUAAGUCCACUGUUCCCAUGUACAUUCGCAAGUCUCAGUUCCGCCUGCCCUUCAAAACCACCAACCCAGUGAUCAUGAUCGGCCCUGGGACAGGCAUCGCCCCCUUCGUGGGCUUCAUCCAAGAGAGGGGCUGGCUCAAACAACAAGGAAAGGAGGUUGGAGAGACGGUGAUGUUUUUUGGCUGCAGACAUAAGAACGAAGAUUAUAUCUACCAGGAGGAGCUGGAAGAAGCGGAGAAGAGGGGAGUUCUAACACAGCUUAAUGUUGCUUUCUCCAGAGACCAGGAGCAAAAGGUGUACGUACAGCAUCUCCUGAAGAAAAAUAAGGAGGCCAUCUGGAAGCUGAUUCACUCAGACAACGCUCAUAUCUACGUCUGCGGGGAUGCAAAGAACAUGGCAAAGGAUGUGCAGACAGCUCUGCAUGAGAUAGGAGAAGAACUGGGAGGCAUGACACGCACGCAGGCCACCGAUUACAUCAAGAAACUGAUGACCAAGGGACGCUACUCACAAGAUGUCUGGAGUUAAAGAGCCUCAGUACCAGCCUUAAGUUUCACUACUUAAGUGUUGGUUUUUUUUUAAAGUUUAUCAGAACUGAAUAUAAAAACAUGAAUCCCUUGUUCAUCACCCUGGUUAAUGAGAGCAAGCAGAGGAGGCAAACACUACCUUGGCACAAUUGUUGAUAAACACAUUCAGCAAUUUCAACAUUACAUAAUGUAUCUGGACCCCAGUGUGUAUCUCCCAGGGUCCUCACUUGAGCCGUGGUCUCUGACCAAACCAUGGUUACCCUGUCUGGUUUGUCCAAGUUUCUGAUAUAAAUUAUUGAAUUGGUGUAAUUAGGAUUUUGACUGCAAUUUAGGUGCUUGGAGGUUGGGUAUAGGGCUCGCUGGCUUGAAAUUCCUCAAUCAAUACAAAUGCAGUAAAGAGUCGUCUUCAUUUCAGAUUAAGUUUUGAUUAGAUUUAUUUCUACAUUAAUGAGUCAAUCAGAGCAGCUUCAUCAACUGAUGACGACUCGUGGGUGGGGCAGGGACUCACUGCGCCCCACUUCUGGAUGUACGUGAUAUAAUCCCAUUGCUUAGUAGAUCGUGUGAACACUUGGAGACGCUUUAGGCAUGAAAGGGUGCUGAUCUUAGUGUCUCAGAGCAGAUCUUGUUGUACUUUUUAUAGUACUUAAACUACGUUAAAUAUUUCCGAAAAAACGUUUGCAUUCUGUGAGGAAAAUGUUUGAUGUAACGAAGUGCAUCAUGGGUGCAAUUACUUUUACCUUUGUAUUUUGACAAGGGAUUUUGCCUGUUAUGCAUAAUUGCUGUUUAUUAAAAUCAGUAACAGUAAACUUUUUAGAGGCACAAACAAUCAUGCAAACGGGGAGAUCAUUCAUAGAAAAACAUUAUCUGCCUUUUAUUUUAUACAUGAAACAAGAUGAAAAUGAAUUUGUAGGUACUCUGUAAUAAUUUUAAAAUGUCAUUUGAAAUUGGCAUGGUAACAGAGGUUUUGUUUAUUUUAUAUGCAUCUGAUAGCAGGAGUAUGUAAUGAAAUGGAAUUAUCUUGAUUUUUUUUGUCCAAUCACAUAUGCACCACUACAUGGAGAAUAUGACCAGACAUGGCAAAUCAUUUUGUUUCCCAGCAUCUGUGCUUAUCUCAGCACUAAUGUGUGAAUAUGGGGAGUUUGAGGAGGUCAGCAAACCAGUUGAAGUGCAGCCAGUGCCUUUUUUUAACACUGCCUUAUGUAUUAAUUUAGCAUUUAAACCCUGACUCAUUUUAGUAUUUUUUUUUGCCAUGCUUACAUUAUGAUAGAAAGUCACUUCAUCACUUUUUCCUCCUUUUUAUGAUGUAAUAAUUGAUUUUAUCAAGGCAUGCCUGUUUUUAUGAAUAAAAUUGGAAUAAUU